GGAACUUCCGCCUGAGCCCCAGCAACCGCUUUGGUCUAUCGUGUGGAAUGUUGGGUAAGCUGCGUGCUGGCUUCGGCGCGGGUCGCAGGGCGUCCAUACGGCGGAGUCCUUCGUCCUCUAGGGUCCCUGCACUUUGCGUCAGCUAGAACCACUAUCUUUGCACUCCUGGAGUUUUCUUACAUAUCUGCUUUCCUCAAAAUGAGUGUUUGUGUCAGUUUCUUCAGACCCUUCACCAGGUUUUUGGUGCCAUUUACCCUUCAUAGGAAGAGAAAUAAUUUAUAUUCAACAAUUUUGCCGAGGUACAUAUCCUCCAAAAUACCAGCUGUUACUUCUCCUAAUAAUGAGAGUACACCCCCUUCUGAAGAGCUAGAAUUGGAUAAGUGGAAAACUACCAUGAAAUCUAGUGUGCAAGAAGAAUGUGUUUCAACAGUCUCAAGCAGUAAGGAUGAAGAUCCUCUAGCUGCCACCAGAGAGUUCAUUGAGAUGUGGAGAUUGCUUGGCAAAGAAGUACCAGAACACAUCACUGAAGAAGAGCUCAAAACCAUUAUGGAAUGUGUUUCUAAAACAGCAAAAAAAAAAUAUUUAAAAUAUUUAUAUUUGAAGGAAAAACACAAAAAAGCUAAGCAAAUAAAAAAGGAAAUGAAAGCAGCAGCAAGGGAAGCAGCAAAAAAUGUCAAGCUGCUGGAAACCACUGAGGAAGAUAAACAGCAAAACUUUCUAUUCUUACGACUUUGGGAUAGGAAUAUAAACAUUGCAAUGGGUUGGAAGGGUGCCCAGGCCAUGCAGUUUGGACAACCUUUGGUUUUUGACAUGGCUUACGAAAAUUAUAUGAAACCAGAAGAAUUGCAGUAUACUAUUUCCCAGCUUUUAGAAAGUGAAGGAUGGAACAGAAGAAAUGUUGAUCCUUUCCAUAUUUAUUUCUGCAAUCUAAAAACAGAUAGUGCUUAUCACAGAGAGUUGGUUAAACGGUAUGAAGAAAAAUGGGACAAACUGCUUUUAACAGCAACAGAAAAGUCUCAUGUAGAUUUAUUUCCAAAGGACAGUAUUAUCUAUUUAACUGCAGAUUCUCCCAAUGUUAUGACUACUUUCAGGCAUGACAAAGUUUAUAUAAUUGGGUCUUUUGUUGAUAAGAAGAUGCAGCCAGGCACAUCCCUAGCCAAGGCAAAACGGCUGAAGCUGGCAACUGAAUGCCUUCCAUUAGAUAAAUAUUUACAAUGGGAUACUGGUAACAAAAAUCUCACCUUAGAUCAAAUGAUGCGUAUUUUGUUAUGUCUGAAAAACACUGGUAGUUGGGAAGAGGCUCUGAAAUUUGUUCCCCAGAGAAAACAUACUGGUUUUCUGGAGAUUUCUCAGGAUUCUCAAGAGUUUAUCAACAGAUUGAAGAAGGCAAAGACUUUUAAUUCAUUUUCAAAAGGUUCUCUAAAUGUGUGUGCACAGAAGAAGUGGCUCAAAUGAGAACAUUUCAUGGCCUAAAAAGUAAAUGGGUUGGAAAUACAGUUCUGUUAAUAUAUUUCUUCCCAAAUAAUACAUUUUUCUCUUCUAAAGGUAGUUUUUCCCAACUGACUGUAGGGUUGUGUCUUUUCCCAAUUAAAUAUCUGCAGAACUUUGGGAUUAUACUUUGUUUACUGUAAAAAGAUAAUAAGUAAAAAGAAUUGUCCAAGAUUGUUGAACAGAAUCAUCUUUAAAUUAUCCCAAAUAAAUAGUUGUACCAUUGGUAGACUUUUUUAUGGAGGUUCCUAGAGGGUGGUGCCCUGGGGAGGGCUUGGAAGCUCUGCACCCCUUCCCCCAUACCUUUCCCUGUGCAUCUCUUCAUCUGUAUGUUUUGUAAUGUUUUUUAUAGUAAACUAGUAAAUGUGUUUGCUUCAA